AUGGAGGUUAUGAGAGUUGCAUCUGUAGUCAAGCCCAAUGCAUGUGGCUUCUUUUGUUUGCAGAAACCGAAGAAAAAGGUGAGUCUGAGAAAAAAGUAUAUGGAGGGCUGCAUCAGAGCAAGGUAUGGAGAUUAUGAUUGUGGCGAAGGGCCGAGCAUGGUAGACGCAAAUAUUUCCGUUUUGAGACGGCGAGUGUACGAGCUCAAGUUGCAGGAAAGCUGUUACCGUCCUCCCGAGGAAUGGAUGGAAUGGGAGAAAAACAUGCGUUCUGAUUAUUACUCCACUAUUUCUCAGGCAACCGGAAUUUUGCAGUGGUGUUUAAUGAGUACUAGGCCCACCAUUGCUUUGGCUACUUCGAGUUUGGUGUUAAUGGGCUUAGGCACCUCACUCACUGUUAGUUUGCCUAUGGCGUGGAGUAAUGUGGAUAUGUUUCUCCACAAUUUAUUAUAA